GGCAAACUUUUCCGCCGGCUCCGCGUCCGCCGCUCCCCGCGCCUCGUGUCCUUUCCGCUCCUCGCCCGGCGGCCGCCGCUGCCCGCGAUGGUGGCAGGGCUGCUGGGCGGCGGCGGCGGGGCCCGCGGGGGGACCGUUCCGGGCGUCUGGCUGUGCCUGAUGGCGCUGCUGCAGCUGCUGGGCUCGGCGCCGCGGGGCUCCGGGCUGGCGCACGGCCGCCGCCUCAUCUGCUGGCAGGCGCUGCUGCAGUGCCAGGGGGAGCCGGAGUGCAGCUACGCCUACAACCAAUACGCCGAGGCGUGCGCGCCGGUGUUGGCGCAGCGCAGCGGGGGCGACACGCCGGGGGCCGCCGCCGCCGCCGCCUUCCCGGCCUCGGCUGCGUCCUUCUCGUCGCGCUGGCGCUGCCCGAGCCACUGCAUCUCGGCCCUUAUUCAGCUCAACCACACGCGCCGCGGGCCCGCCUUGGAGGACUGUGACUGCGCGCAAGACGAGAACUGCAAGUCCACCAAGCGCGCCAUUGAGCCGUGCCUGCCCCGGACGAGCGGCGGCGGCGCGGGCGGCCCGGGCGCGGGCGGGGUCAUGGGCUGCACCGAGGCCCGGCGGCGCUGCGACCGCGACAGCCGCUGCAACCUGGCGCUCAGCCGCUACCUGACCUACUGCGGGAAGCUCUUCAACGGGCUGCGCUGCACCGACGAGUGCCGCACGGUCAUCGAGGACAUGCUGGCCGUGCCCAAGGCGGCGCUGCUCAACGACUGUGUGUGCGACGGCCUGGAGCGGCCCAUCUGCGAGUCGGUCAAAGAGAACAUGGCCCGCCUGUGCUUCGGCGCCGAGCUGGGCAACGGCCCGGGCAGCAGCGGCUCGGACGGGGGUCUGGACGACUACUACGACGAGGAGUACGACGAUGAGCAGCGCGCUGGGGGUGCGGGCGGCGAGCAGCCGCUGGACGACGACGACGGCGUCCCGCACCCUCCGCGCCCGGGCGGCGGCGCUGCUGCGGCGGGCGGCCGCGGGGACCUGCCCUACGGGUCCGGGCGCAGGAGCAGCAGCAGCGGCUGCCGCUCGGCGCCCCGAGGCGCCUGGACCCCGCUCGCCUCCAUCUUGCUGCUGCUGCUGCUCCCGCUGCUCUUUUAACACUCGCGCCCCCCCGCCGUCGGCCACGGGAGGGUCGGCGCCGGGGCACCUGUGGCUCGGGAACAGAGGGGUGGUCGGGGGUAUUUUCCAAAACGUUUUCUAGGUGGUUUCUGCCUAGCCGGUCUCGCCGCCUUGACUCUUGGCACGACCCUCGCCUCCUCUCCAGAGCAGGACUUUUUGGACAUCCUCCCCUGCCCCCAUUCCGGGUUCCAGACACUCCCCGCAGAAACCAGCCUAACUACGGACCCCCGACAUGAAACGGGCCUGGGGGGACAGAACCGUAGUCCCGGACUCCGAAGAGAGGAUGCUGACCAGUGGGGUCUUAAGAGUUUCAAGGGACUGGGUUUGGAGCAGGGGUUUUGAAGGAGGAUUUAUAUUUGCAAAGUGGCUGUUAGCGUUUCUCCUGCGAGGGGGGGAAAAAGUGCCGGUAAUCGACUUUUAUUGUGGCCAGUGAAGACAUAGCAAUCGUAACCAAUUCAUUCGUUUAGUCUUGGUAUCCGCGCCCAGAAUCCUCAGUUUUUUU